UGCUUUUAAGUUUAAGCUCCCAACACCAAACCAACUCCUUCAAGCAAACAAAAAAUGGACUUUACAAAAAAAUUAUCAUUCUCUCUCUUGUUUCUCUCUCUCCUAAUCCCGACGACGAUCACCGCCGCAUGCACUAACGCCGUUUGUCGCCGCGGCGAUCCAAUUAUCCGUUUUCCUUUCCGUUUAAAAUCCCACCAGUUACAGUCUUGCGGUUACGACAAAGGGUUCGACCUAACGUGUGGUAGUAACGGCGUUAACCGAACAACCAUAACGCUGCCUUUCUCCGGUGACUUCACCGUCGAGAUGAUAGAUUACGCAGCUCAAGAGAUUUGGAUCAACGACCCACAUAGCUGUCUUCCUAAGCGGAUCCUAACGCUGAACCUCUCCUCCACGCCGUUUGCCGGCGUUUACGCACGUCGGUUCACGUUCUUUAACUGUCCGACGUCGGAGUACCUCCGUUUCAGGCCGUUAAAUCCAAUAACGUGUUUGAGCGAUAAAAACAACACGGUGUUUGCGACUGCUUCGCCUAGAGUGGUGAACUACCUGUUGUCUCAAUCAUGCCGGGAAAUGAAAACCGUUGAGGUCCCGGUUCGUUGGCCGUUUUAUGAGCAGGCCUUGUCGUAUUCUGAGUUGACUGAUGAUCUCUGGCUCACCUGGAGGGUUCCGAGAUGUGGUAAGUGUGAGAUUAGAGGUGGUAAGUGUGGGAUUAAGAGUAAUUCUUCUCGUGAAACCAUUUGCUCGGAUGCACAUAAACCAGCCAUUCCGAGAAAAGCCCGUUACGCGAUAGCCAUUGGUGCUGGAAUCCCAGGGACUUUGAUUCUCUUCGGCCUUUUCUGUUUCGUUUACAGCAAGAUUAACUCGUGCAUAAAAACACGUCGUCUCGUUCCACACUCAGCGAUCAACAACACGCAAACCCAUUCUUUACAAUCCAGUAUCAUGAUAACAGGCCUUGAUGGGCCGACUAUUGAGUCAUACCCCAAAAUAGUAUUGGGAGAGAGCAAAAGGCUUCCCAAAAUAGACGAUGCCACAUGUUCCAUUUGUCUAUCAGAGUACGAGCCAAAGGAAACGCUUAAGACAAUACCACCGUGCCAACAUUGUUUUCAUGCAGAUUGUAUCGAUGAGUGGUUGAAACUAAACGGGACUUGUCCAGUGUGUCGGAACUCUCUAGAGCAGAUUUUGUCAUCUGAGAGCAAUAAUCCUUAGCUAGUCGUUUUUUUUUUCUGUUUUCUUAGCAGCAUAACAUCUGGAGUUAGUUUACUGGUUCUACAUAUUAAAUGCUACAGUUUUUUUUGUUUCUCCGAA